GGCUCCUGACCUUGCUGAUGUCCUCCGUUGCUCUACCGGUGCCCCCCGCUCCAGGCAGCCCCUUGUCAGACAUCGAAUACAAGCUCUUCUUUGCCAGCCUGCACCCGCCCUGGAAGGCAGAUGUGUCCUGCCAGAUGCGCCAGGUACAGGGCUGCCUCAGCCCCGCCAUCCUGCAGCUGGACCAGGAGGAGAACCACGGCCGUGUCCCCAAAGGGCCAGUCUGCUCUGAAUUCCCAGAGGCACCGUGGUUUCAGACCUUCUGCCAGUUCGCCCAGUAUCGCUGCUUCAAGCGCCAGUUCUACACCAAGCGAAUCCCGUGUCUGAGUUUGUCUCCUCCAAAAAACCUUCUCCUCCCGAUGGAGCGACCUCAUGCUCUGGGCUCCUGGGCAAGGGAUGAAAGCUCCCCUAUGGAAGAAGGGCAGGCUUUUCUCUCGCCCACUGAUGCCCUGCUGCACACCAAUGUGGACACUCUCCUGAAGUACUCCUACGCACUGUCAAGUCAGAAACCGCUGCCGAGGAAGCUCCUCCCGGCCAUGCCAGGGGUGCCAAGACACCCGCAGGACAGGGGGCUGCCUGUGCUCCCACCGACCCUGCCAGUCCCGGCUGCCCCUGCCUCCUCACCUCCCAGGCUGGGAUCCCCUGCCCAGGCAGAGCAAGCCUGGGAGCAACACCUGCAGAACAGCGUCUGGCAGCUCAUCCACUUGGCCUUCUCCUUGGAGACACCUGUAGGCACCAAGGACUCUUCUCUGGACUCCAGCACCAAGCCAGACCCAGGGAGCUUGUCAGGCAGUGCCAAGGAGGGGGUGCAGGAAACAGGCCCGCAUGGCAG